AUGUGCAUAGCUACGGUAGCGUUUCCCCAAAGCGAUUUUCUUUUUGAUCUUCAAGAGGAUACAAGGAAAAUAGCUCAAGAUGUACUUCCUACUGUUGUGCAAAUUGAUGUUUCAAGUACUAUCGAAGUAGGGCAACGAAGGAGUUUUUUCUUUUUCUUUAAUAACCCCUUUAGGGAAAGAGAAAAUGGAGACACGGAACCACCUAAACGAGAAUUUAACCAGCAAGGAUUAGGUUCGGGUGUUAUUCUUAGAAAGAAUAGACAAGACACGUACUAUGUGAUAACGAACGAGCAUGUUAUAAAUAAUGCUGACACCAUAGCGAUUACAACAUACGAGGACAAUACGUAUGACGGAAAGGUUGUUGGUGUUGAUGCAGGAAGGGAUUUAGCUGUUUUAUCGUUUGUGUCUGAGUAUGAUUAUAAGACAGCAGAAAUAGGAGAUUCUGAUGAACUAGAACCAGGAGACAUAGUCUUUGCUGUAGGCAAUCCCUAUGGAUUUCAAUCUUCAAUAACGUUUGGUAUUAUCAGUGCUCUUAAUAGAGCCUCUAGAGGAGCAGGGGUGCUUACUGAUUAUAUACAAACUGAUGCAGCAGUAAAUAGAGGGAACAGUGGUGGUCCUCUUAUAAACAUACAGGGUGAAGUUAUAGGUAUUAAUACAUGGAUAUACUCGGAAGGAGGAGGGGGAAACGAAGGGCUAAGCUUUGCUGUUCCCAUCAAUAAUGCAAUGAUCAGUGUCAACUCGGUUAUUGAGAAAGGGAGGGUUGACUAUGGUUGGUUGGGAGUAUAUGUUGAAACAGCAAAUAACAAGCAGGUGCCUUCCUUAGGACAGCAGAAAGGAGCCUUAGUGCUUGGUGUGUAUUCUGACUCGCCCGCAGACAAGGCGGGGGUAAAACCAGGAGAUAUUAUAUAUUCUGUUGAAAAAGCAGAGGUUACAACUCAUAGCGAACUUAUUACUGCAAUUACCGCACACGCCCCUAAUUAUACAGUGGUAAUUGACUUGUAUCGAAGCUCCAUCCCUCUAAGUCUCUCUAUUCGAUUAGGAGACAGAGAAAAAGAACAAAACGACACGAGUCUGCCAUGGCCCGGGUUUAAGAUAGCGGAUAUAUCCAAGAGUAUAAGAAAGAAAGUGCAGACGAGUGAUGGGGUUAUUAUUACCAAUGUGAUACGAGAAUCUGCCGCUUAUACCUCAGGUCUGCGAGUGGGAGAUGUGAUAGAAAAGAUUAACAACACAAAGAUUCGCAACGCUAAGGAAUUUUACUCUGUGCUUAAUCUUGUAGAUAAAGAAAAAGAAGCAUUAUUUAGACUUCGAAGAGAUGACACAAUGUUUACUAUAGGUAUAGUGAAUAAGUAG